AAGUCAGAAACAGUUGAAUCACAUUGACGUACGCAAUAUUGCAGGUAUUCCCGAUUUCCCGCACGCUUUUUGAGUGGAAUACUUGAUAAACCUCCAAAACCCCGAGCCGUAAAGAGAAACCUACCCAAAAUCGUAGAUUCCGGCGAUGGCCAGUGACGAGAGCGAGCAGCAGGUUAUCACAGACAACGGAGAAACGCUAAUUAGUUCUACUAUAAUCGCCGAGGACGACAAGGACAAGGAUGUUCUGAAGCUUAUUAGCGAUGCUGUUCGGGAAGUACCUGCGAACGCCAUCAAGGACUUGUGGUCCAUUGGGGUGUGUGCACGCUGUAUCUUUCGAGUGUUGGGCCUUCAUGAGCUGAUUUGUUCUCACCCUUCACUCUCAUAUUCGGUGUUAAUAACUGUUUUAGGAGUAGUGAGAAUUGAAGGAGGUGAUGGGGUUGAUAGUUCUGCCAAACAUGAGCUGUUAAAUAUACAGGAAUUAACUACAGAAGCAAAUGUUUGCAAAAUCUGUUUAGGUGUUUUGCAAUUUGUGUUUUCUGAUGAGAAUGGAACUUUGUUGAAGAAGGAUAGUGCAUAUGACUUUGCUUCUAAAAUCGCUGAACUUGUAAAGCAACAGCAACAUCAUCAAAUUGGUAGUUUUUCUCUUGAAGUCUCACUACCUCCACUUGUAACUGAAAAUGAUCAGGCAAUUUGGCUUUAUGUCCAAAAGAAGUAUGAAUCUGAGCUUUGGUUCCAACAAAAGGCUGCAUCUCAGUGCUUUUCUACUAAAGAUGUCUUGAAAUUGUUAGUAAUAAAGCCUCUACAAACAUUAUUGGGUCUAAAACAUAUGGAAAGCACUUUCCAUAUUCGACUGACAUAUUCUGGCUCAUUAAGACAACAGAAUGCUAACGAAAGAAAUGUAGGUAACAAGAGGAGGAAAACAGAUUCUGCUUAUACUCAGUCUGUUGAUAUUCAAAAGGUUGAAGGAGAAGCAUUCACCAGAACUUCGUCAUUGAAGUCACAAAAAGAUUGCUUUGAUUAUGUAAAACUUCUAAUAGAGAAGGUCAUUCAACCUUGCCACUUGACAACUCAAUGCUAUAGGAAUCCCAUCUACAUUGGGGGGAGGUACCUUAAGUACUCAAGAAAUGUUAGCCAGACUCGAUGGGUUAUUGAUGAUGAAAGAAUGGGUGAAGCAUCUGUUGAGGUACCACAAUUCUCUUCUGGUGGAUGCAUUCUUCCAUUGUGUCAGGGUGAUGGGUACAAGUUUCACGCUGCUGGUAGGGAGGAUAUUGAUGUUCGGAUGUUGGGUACAGGCCGUCCUUUCCUGGUUGAGAUACAAAAUGCACGACAAGUUCCUUCUGAGGGGUUCAUAAAAGAUAUAGAGAUCAAAAUAAAUAGCUUAGAAAAUCAACUUGUAAAGGUCAGGAAUCUUAAAAGUUUAGGCAGCCAAGGGUGGGCAAUGAUAAAUGAAGGAGAAGCAGAGAAGCAGAAGCAAUAUUCUGCAUUGGUUUGGAUUUCUCGUGAUGUCAACAAUGAAGAUUUGCAGACUAUAUCAUCAGUGAAGGACAUGAAAAUUAUUCAGAAAACACCAAUCAGGGUUCUCCAUCGUCGAAGUCCUAUGGAGCGAGAAAAGAUCAUACAUUGGAUGAAAUUAGAGAGGCUUGAGGGAAGUUCUCAGUAUUUUCUUUUGCAUCUAUGCACACAGGCUGGGACAUAUAUUAAGGAAUUUGUUCAUGGAGAUCUCGGGCGCACCAAUCCCAGUAUUGGGUCAAUGCUUGGAUGUAGAGCAGAGAUAUUGCAACUUGAUGUCACAGACGUGAAAAUGGACUGCUUCUAGACUGAAACCCGAUUGUUUCUUCCUUGACAACAUGAAACACGUAUCCCUCUAGUGCAAAGGAAUGCUUGAAAGGGUAUAUUAAUGAAUCAAGAAUAAACUUCAGAAUUCUUGCUGGGGUUUAUUUAAUUUUUCAUCAUAGAGGAGUAAUAUCCGAUUAAACUUUAUCCUUUGAGUCUUCUAACUCAGGCAGUAGGAUGUUUAUUUGUAGUAGUUAUUUCUCUUUCUAUUGUUUUCUUUCAACGAAAAAUGUUAUUUCUCGAACCUCUAGUUUGGAUCGCUCUUAUAUUGGUUUGAUUUUUUGCA